GAUUUGAUUCUAUGGAUGACAUCCGCGUGCGCACCAAUUUUCGGCCGAUUCCAAAAAAAAAAAAGUUUUCAAGCAUCGUUAAAACCAGCUUCAAUACCAUCAAAUAUAUGCCGAAAAUCCAUACUAAUGUCGUAAAAUGCAUCUUUUGCGUCUUCUCCUAUCGCAAAACGUACUCAUUUUGUCGUAAACUAUUCCUUGCACAUGCGCAUUGACGUUAACCGAAACUUGCCAAAAUAACUGAAAAUGGCGACGAAUUCAACUGAUCGUGAUUCUCCUUCGAAUUAUGUAAGCAUCAAAGUGACACGGAAGGGUGGUGGUGUUGUGAAUUGGUACGAGAUUGAUUGUGGACAAGGUGACGUUACAUUUGCCCAGUUAUAUGAGAAACUUGUUACGACAAGCGAGUUCAGGCCGGUGAACUUCAGCGAAUUUCUUUCAAGAACCGCCAAUGUGCAAAUUAUUGCAAUGAAGAAAAAGUCGGAAGAGAUGUCGAGGUCUACGCUGGCCUAAACGUUGGGCAUGCCUGCCGACAAUUCGGAUGUUUUGUCCGCAUUGAGGUGGACAAGACGGCCAGUGGAAAGACUGAUGAAGAUCCACGGCCCAAGUCUGCUUUUGAGGAGAUUCCUGGCAAUGAGCGCUCACCACAGCACAGAAGAAGGACUUGGAGUCUGAAGGAGGACUCCAUGUACACCUGUGGAGUAUCAUGGAUACCAGACGAUCAUCUGAGAGAGAGCUGUUAUGUGAGCCGGGCCCUAUCAUGUGCCGUUCCAGUAGAGCCCUACUACUAUUCUGCGAGACUCAAGGCUCCAGCUGCAUUAAGGUCAAUCCUCCCAAUGGUAAGCUGGCAGUGUGGGGAGGAAGAGACACUCCCCAUUCUUUGGAGAAGGCCAAGCAAUUCCAGAUGAUCCAUCCAGUGUGUCAGGUGUGCAAAUCUGCAGGAGUAGAGGAGAGGACACGAGGAAAGAAGAAGAUGAAAAGGAGAAGAGAGGCGGAAGAUGACAACUAAGGCAGGUGUUUUAUUUGAUCUACCUUUUUCAAUACUGUUUUCACCAAGUUCUAAGUUAAAAAGCCUUCAUCCUACAUGCUCCAUUCCAUCUGAAGUGCUGAGCCUUUCCAUUUGCAUUUGUGUCUAUCAUGUACACUGUACUGUAAAACUACAUGUUGUAAACUAUUGAAGAAAUGUAUACAUUAGAAGGGUUGAUACCUAGUAAUUGUUGCUUUUCAUACUGUGUUUCUGUAGGCACCUGAAGAAUGACAGCGCCAUAAGGGGAAAACAAGAUGCCAGAGGAAGUUAGACAGGACAUGCAGCAUGCCAGUCAAACAAAACAAAAAUAAAGUUCUUGUUUGGUAUACCAUACUUUGUGUGUUUAGUCAUUUGUUCUACCUUCCCGACCACUUAGAUUUCAUAAUAAAGAGAACUUUUUUUUUUUGCCAAACUUUUUUUUUUUCGCUCGCUCGCACCAAUUCUGGGGCUGCCAGAGGAUGUCAUCCAUAUAAUCAAAU